UUUAUAAUAAGAGAGUGCCCGAGCCCCACGCAUAGAAAAGAGAGACAUAUCACUAUAUUAGUAGUUUGAGUUCUCUCUCCUACAAAAUCAUUUCAUUUUCUCUCAAGAAUUUUAGGAAGAUGGAUCUUCAAAGAAGCCUCCUCCUCAAUUUCACCUAUUUCCACCAAGAUAAGAGCAUGGAUGAGCUGCGGCAGUCGCUGCUGCUAACAAUGGAGCUUGAAGACACGCGCCUCCAAGCGCAGGAGGAGCUGAAGGCCCGAGACCAGGAAAUCGCCCACCUCAAGGGCCUGCUCGCCGCCGCCAUCAGAGACCGCGACGAGGCUCAGGAGAAAUGCCAGAAGCUGAUGCUCCUCACGCCGCAUUCCAGCAUCGACGACGACCACCGCGCCUUCUCCUCCUCCGACUGCGACGAGAGCAUUGUCUCGUCGCCGCCGGAGCAGGAGCUCGCCGUGCUCGUCGACCGCCCGCUGCCGGAGAAGGGCAAGCUCCUGCAGGCGGUGAUGAAGGCGGGGCCGCUGCUGCAGACGCUCCUCCUCGCCGGCCCCCUGCCGCAGUGGCGCCACCCCCCGCCGCCGCUCGACACCUACCAAAUCCCGCCGCCGCCCCUGCCGGCGCUCAACCAGGACGGGAACUGCGGCGCCGUCAACCGGAAGAGAGGGGCGCCGGAGAUGUCGCAUUCCGACCUCAAGUACCAGAGAAUUGUGCUGCAAUGACAAAACCCUAGAAUUGGAAUUUGCCGAUUUCUGUGAUUUUCUUGGAUUGCUCAAGAUGAGGAAAGGUGGGAAAUGCAGGUGAAAAUUAGACAAAUUUUUGUACAGUAGUUUGGUGGAUGGUUAGAGCGUCGUUUUCUCUGACAUGAUUGUUCUGUUCUUACUCUUUUUAUUUUUCUCCAAAAACCAUAUGGAUUUUUCAUCAUAUAAUGUAACAUGCAUUCUCCAACGGUUUUUUAUUUACUAUCUCACCAACUCUUUGUCA